GAAACUCCGAUCAAGCAAACAAUAGAAAGACCAAUUUUACCAUUUGCACUCAUUUCCUGAUUUUUGACCAUAAUACAUAAUCUAGCCUGACUUGGGGAAGAAGGUUCUGAAUUUCUAAUUCAAAUUUAACAGACAUGGCGUCGGCCAAUCGAGUCAUAGUCAUUCCCGGAGGAGGAGGACGAGUGAUUUUGCCAUUGAUGACAUUAGGAGGAAUCGGCAUCGCUUUUUUGAUAAAUUAUUACGGGAAAAGACCUAGGAGAAAAGCUCUAUUUUUGUGGUCAAGUGCAAGACGAUUAAUUAACAAUUUGGUAAACUUGUUUACUUUAACCUAUCACGUACACAUUUUUUUGCUAUAUCCCCGAACUUAUUUGGACUUAGCCAUAGUAGUAGUUGUUGUUGUUGUAUACACAUUUUGCUAUUUUUGCUAACUUGUUUGUGAUUGAGCCGUAAUAGUAGUAGUUGUUGUUGUAUACACAUGUUGCUAUAUCUCCUAACUUGUUUAGGACUGAGUAGUAGUAGUAGUUGUUGUAUACACAUUUUGCUUUAUCUUCUGACUUGUUUGGGACUGACUCAUAGUAGUAGUUGUUGUAUACACAUUUUGCUAUAUCUCCUAACUUGUUUGGGACUGAUCCGUAGUAGUAGUAGUUGUUGUAUACACAUUUGCUAUAUCUCCUAACAUGUUUGGGACCGAGCGGUAGUAGUAGUUGUUGUAUACACAUUUUGCUAUAACUCCUAACUUGUUUGGGACUGAGCUAGUAGUAGUAGUUAUUGUUGUAUACACAUUUUGCAAUAUCUCCUAACUUGUUUGGGUCAGAGCCGCAGUAAUAGUAGUAAAUGUUGUUAUACAUAUUUUGCUUGAUAAACAAUAAGUGAUCUCCCUCUGUUUCAAAAUAUGAGGCAAAGUUUGAUUGGCAUGUAGUUUAGGAAAAAAAUGAAGACUUUUGAAACUUGUGAUUUUUAACAUGACAUAGCUUUUAUCUGGCUAUAAGACUUUUGAAACUUACAAUCUUAAACAUGCCAUGACAUUUGUGUGGCGAUAAAAACUUGUUAUUAAGGUUAAAAUUGAAAGUUUAUAUUAAAUUAUUUCCAAAUUUGAAAAUGUAAAAUAAACGAGAACAGAGGGAGUAGCAAAUUUCCCCAUAAGCCGAGGAAGGGGCAUACAAUUUCUCUAGCUCUUCUAUAAUAUAUGGCUUCUAUUAAAUUCCUGGUUAAACAUUUUUGUUGGCACUUUAGGUUCAUAAUGCAAAGGAGGACACAUCAGUCAGCUACCCCAGAUGCAGUUUUGUCUUCCAUUCUUGCAAAUUUGACAGUAAUAGAUGCUGUUAGGACGAGCAUUUUAUCCAGAAGGUGGAAGCGUCUCUUUUCUUCUAUGCCCGCAUUAAAUUUCAGUUGCCUUGACAUGUACGGGGUUUACCGUGAUGAUCAUGAGUGGUACCCUUACUAUCAACAAAAGUUCUUGAAAGGAGUAAACGAGUUACUAGAACUUUAUUCAGGUCGUAGAGUGCCCUGCAUUAAUAUGGCAUGUUGCUUUGCGAGAAAGUUUUAUAGUGAAUUUAACCGCUUGAUGCAUUCUAUUUCACGACUAGAUGUUGAAACGUUAUACCUUUACUUUGAUUGUGGCACUGCUCCCUUCACUCUUGGCACCAACCCCAUCUGCGACCCCAGCAAGUUGUUCAAUUUUUCUCUUGAGCUUCUCUCUCAAGCAUCCUCGUUGAAACAUUUGCUUUUGCACCAUUGCAUUGUGCAACCAAGUUCUGAAGUCUGUUUUAAUUCCCUUGUGAGCCUUACUUUAAGGGGUGCUUUGUUAGCUAGCGGACAACUGGAGGGCAUUUUGUCCUCUUGUUUUAACCUUAAGUUGUUAGCUCUUCGACUUUGUAAACUUCCUUAUAAGCUACGCAUCUCUGGUUCAGUAACCUUUGUUGUUUUUUGGGCUUGUGGCGGAGUGGAAGAGAUUGAGCUUCAGGGUGCAAAUCUUCGUAAGCUUGAGAGUGAACUUUUUAACAAAGUAAGAUUCUUUUUCUCAUUUGUUCCCGUGUUGGAAGAUGUAAUAAUUCAUCCUCUUGAAGACGAUACAGUGUCAUAUGUAUUUGAUGAUCUUGCGAGAGAUUUACCCGCUCAGGUUCAAUCUUUAACAAUCAAACUUGUUCCGUCUCAGGUUAACUACUUCCCAACGGAAAUGAAGAUGUUCAGAACCCUUAGGCGGUUAAGCUUGAUACUUGUGAGCACGCAUGACUGUUUUGACAUAGUCAACCUAUCCCCGCUCUUGGAUGCCUGUCCUCUUCUUCAAUAUUUGGCUCUGGUGGUGACAACACCAAGGACAAAGAGGAAUGGAAAAGGAAGUAGAGAGCCUCCUUUGUCUCCUACAUGUCACACUGAACUAAAAGAAGUGAUAUUUUGUGGAUUUGAUGGAACAGGAUCAGAGAUUGAAUUUGUUCUUUAUAUUCUGAGAAGUGCAAUAAAUCUUGAGCAAAUGCUUCUCGGCCGAGGGAACAGCUGUUAUUUGGGUUGUGGUAAGUGGGUGAACAAUUUGGACGUUCCAUUCAGUGGAAGACAACGUAACUCAAUCCAAAAGAAACUACAUGGACAAGCUAUCUCUAGUAAAGCAGAAGUGAUCAUCCAAUAGGUUCUUGUACAAAUACUAUAUUAGAUCUUUAUAGUCAUCAAUGAUAGGUAAAUUUGUAGAAGUUUAUGGGAGUACCUAUUUAUUUGUUAUUGCUAAGCAAGAUUCCUCUUUUAUGAUUUUCCAAUGGUAGAAAGAUGCAUUGUCUGCU